GCCUUGGUGUGCCCUGAUCCGGUCCUCAUCCGGGUUUGCUGACAAGUAGCCGGCGGUUACUUUUCUUACCUUUUUUUGUUUUGUUCUAAUCCCCUUGAGAGACAGUGGUGGUUAUUGAUAAGGUGAUGUCUGUCUCAUCUCCAGGCCAGAGGGCUACCCUCUGGUCUGCUUCUAUUCCCCCUCAGGAUCUACCGGUGGAAUGGUUUCUUCGCAGUGGAGCCAGUAGCGUUCCUGUGGCUUUGGUACCUAACAAUGGAGGAAUUAUCCGUAUGAAGAACCCCAAGGUUAUUCAAUCAGAACUUCGAGCUAUCUCAUCCCACUUUCAGCAGAUCACCGAGGUCAGACAGUUUGGACGUGGGGGAAUCCUUUGCUGUUCACCAGACCAGACCUGUGUACAGGAUCUACUCAAGUGCACUAACUUUGCCACGCAGCCGUGGGUAAGCGCCACGGAUGAGGAUCAAGCAAGCAAGCAAGCAAGCAAGCCUCGAACGCAAGCUCGGAAAACGGCGGUUCAAGGCUCGGGUACCGGCGACCGGGUGUCCAGCUACCGUGCGGACCUGGUCGGAGAUCCAGUUCGUGGCUGGGCCUUCCUGCGCGCCAGCGGCCUGCUGUGAUAGCGGCCUGGUGCAGUGCUUCCUGCUUGGACCGGGACGCCUGAGCUACCAGCUACCAGCCUGCUGAGCGAGCCCGAGGACUGGCGACCGGGCGUCCUGCUACCGUGUGGACCUGGUCGUGGAUCCCGCUCGUGGCUCUGCUCUCCUGUGUACCAGCGGCCUGCUGUGAUAGCGGCCUGGUGCAGUGCUUCCUGCUGGCCACCGGGGCGCCUGAGCUACCUGUCCGCCGACCGAGCCCGACGUUAUAGCGGCCGAGGCGUUACAGGCCAGGCGUUACUGGCCAGCUACAGCAGUGGCCUGGUGUUCUACCGGCCUGCUGUUUUCCUCUUGCUUCCGCGUCGCGACAAGGUGCGGCGCGACAGCAGCGACGUAGCCACAAGGACGCUCCACCGUCACAACCACCGUCACGGGCACCGCAACGACGAUGCACACGGGCGAGUGUUGAAGCAUGAGUGAUAGGCACG